AUGAACAUUUCCAAUAUACCCGACAAUAUAGCUCUUGUAUCCGUCAAUGCAGCCGAUAUACUCGUCAGUAAAUCGGUUAUAACCGCCAUCAUUUUGGAUAUACCCGUAGAACUACAUGCUUCACAAGUUAGCUUUCACUUCAGACAGAGAGAGGAAGAGUUGAGACAGAGAGAGGAAGAAUUGAGACAGAGAGAGGAAAAGUUGAGAGAGAGAGAGGAAGAGUUGAAACAGAGAGAGGAAGAGUUGAGACAAAGAGAGAGAGAGGAAGAGCUGAGACAGAGAGAAGAAUAGUUGAGGCAGAGAGAAGAAGAGUUGAAACACAGAGAGAAAGAGUUGAGACACAGAGAGGAAGAGUUGAGACACAGA